CGCUGGCAUCUGUUUCCGCCGUCCCCUCCCCCUCUCCGCUCAGUCUCCGCCGUUGGCACCUCAGCCCUACCGUUGCAGUCACGAGUGCUGGUUUCAGGAGAGUAGACCCUGCGUGCCCUUAGCGAGCGAGGCCGCCCACCCUUACAUCAUCACGCAACUGGCCGCGGCACCAAGUUUAGAAACAAGCACCUGCCCGUUGCUACAGUCACGCACCGCACGUCUCCGUCCGGCGUCAGACAGGCGUUGCAUUUUUCGGGAACUCGGCGGACACUGUUUUGAGCGUUGCGGCUGCGCCGUCCAGUUCGCGUUUGUCAUCGGCGCGGUGACAUCAUACGUGCGCUUUUGCAGACCCCUGGUCCUUACACCCGCACCUGACGCCAACCAUAGCAACGCCACGGGGGAUCCAUAUUUCAUGUACCUAUUCCCUACUGCGACCCUGCACCGCCGCUAGAGUCUUGCUGCUACCUCGACACACCUCCCGGCGCUCUCACCAUGUCUACACCUGUGGUUUCCCCUCGACCACGAGGCACCUCCCACUGCGCCCAGCGCCCCGUCCGAUCGACGCCCAUGACGAAGCCAAGCACCACCCUUCCCAGGACCAACCCAGCACCCCUCGCGCCCCGCAUGAACGGCGUCGCCAAAACCCCGAGCCAUGUCGUGCAGAGCAGCAAGGCACCCGGCACGCCGAGCCCUAAUUACUUUGGCCUGACCGUCAAUGGCGACCACUUCUCGUCGAGCGCUGCACAGCACAUCCGUGGCAACUGGAGCCCGCCCACCUCCAACGUGCGCUCGACUGCCGCCGCCUCGCCGCAGAUGAUCCCCGUCGAGCAGAACCCCGAUUUCGAGCAGUUCAGGAAAGCCUCCGAGAACGCCAAAGGCUUCGCACUGGGCAACUUCGACUUCGGCUCCUUCUCAGCGGCGGUGCCCACCAAGGGUCCACUAGCUGGGUCCUACAAGCCGCCCAUGUCUCCGCAGUCGAUAAGGGAGACGGCACAGCCCACCAUCGAAAAGUACGAUGGCAGCAGCGACUCGUCGCCGAAAUCGCCCAAGCCACGCUCACCCAAACGCAUGCUCUCUACAGAAUCAGAAAUGUUCCCCGACCGACCUCGGAGAAAUUCGCCGGCUUCGUUUGAGGGUUUUGCACGAACAGACGCCAUUGCUGAAUUUGACGAGAUCCGCCCUCCUCGACCCUCACUACCGCCCACAAAGGCAUCACACCACCAAGCGAUGCGUGCAGAGACAUUGCCGGCUAACAUUUCCAACGAGGGCAACACCGACGGACCGACCAUGGCAACUCCUCAGCACAUCCUCAACAUCCUCGAGUCAGCUGUCGAAGAGGUACUGCUGCUGGACCUCCGUGUAUCUACACAAUAUGCCAAGUCUCGCAUAGCAGGCGCAUUGAGCCUUUGCAUACCUACAACUCUACUGAAAAGGGCGUCAUUCAAUGUCCAGAAAUUGGCAGAGACCUUCAAAGACGACGAGCAGCGACAACGGUUCGAAAAGUGGAGGAAUAGCAAGCACAUCAUAGUAUACGACUCCAACUCUGCUCAGCUCAAGGACGCAGCAAUCUGCAUCAACACACUUAAGAAGUUCACGAGCGAGGGGUGGAACGGUGGUACCUUCAUCAUCCGUGGCGGAUUCCAAGAAUUUGCACAGAAGUUCCCCAAAUGGGUAACACAGUCAAGUUCCCAAAGCCCAACCUCGUCUGCAGGGUUCAAGGGUGCCAUGAAGCUGGACCUUGGUGGUUCAGCAGUCGCCCCUGUCAUUGGCGGGUGUCCAAUGCCCGCUACACAGAACGCUGCAAAUCCUUUCUUCGGCAACAUCCGUCAGAACAUGGACCUCAUUGGUGGUGUUGGCCAGAUGCCUGUGAAGAAGCCUGCGUCCAUGCCCGAGUCUGCCAAGGAAGACGUCCCCCAAUGGCUACACAAGGCAGCAGAGGACAAGGAUGCAGGCAAGCGUGUCUCUGACAAGUUCCUCCACAUCGAAAAGAAGGAGCAGAAGCGCAUGCAAGAGGCGCUCUCCGGUCAGGUCGUCUACGGCACCCCGGGAGGCCAAAAAGACGUUUCAAAGAAUAUUACGAUUGCCGGUAUCGAGAAAGGCUCAAAGAACCGAUACAACAACAUCUGGCCGUACGAGCAUUCUCGAGUCAAGCUCGAGGGUUGCGAGGACGGGUCCUGUGAUUACAUCAACGCCAAUCACGUCCAAGCCGCCUACUCGAACAAGCGCUACAUCGCGACGCAGGGUCCAAUCCCCGCUACUUUCAAGGACUUCUGGAAUGUUGUCUGGCAGCAGGAUGUUCGCGUCAUUGUGAUGCUUACCGCUGAGCAGGAGGGCGGGCAAGUCAAGGCACACAACUACUGGUCUGACAAGCACUUCGGCAACUUGCACCUGAAGCAGCUCGGAGAGCAUCGUGCUUCCCUCGAGCCCUCGAAGAUUCAAAGCCAUAAGGAUCGUUCGCAAUCACAUAGACCUUCCCUUGGCCAAAGGAAAUCGACGUCUUCGCAGCCAAAGACCUCUUUCUUCCCUGACCCCAACGAAGAUGUCACCAAAGCAGCCCCGGCAUCCGAGAAGCCUUACGUCACCGUACGCAAGUUCACCCUAUCCAAUGACGACGAGCCUUUCGAGCGGAUGCGCGAGAUUACACAGCUGCAGUACUCCAACUGGCCUGACUUCGGUGCCCCAGCCCAUCCACAACACUUGCUCGGUCUCAUCGAGCAGACCGAUGCAGUGGUGCGAUCUGUCAAUGGCGUUAACUCCCCCGACAAGCCCGAGCCAGCAAACAGCCGUCCAGUCAUCGUCCACUGCUCCGCCGGCUGUGGUCGUACCGGUACCUUCUGCACUGUAGACUCCGUCCUCGACAUGCUCAAGCGCCAGAAGCAGGCCCGCCAGGGCAGGCAAAGUACGCCUAUGGACGUCGACGCCGGGUCUCCCAAUCAGCGCGAGAACGGCGCAUGGAUCCGCAAGGAAGAUGUGGAUCUCAUCGAGAAGACGGUCGAGGACUUCCGUCUCCAGCGUUUGAGCAUGGUGCAGUCUCUGCGCCAGUUUGUGCUUUGCUACGAGAGUGUUUUAGAGUGGGUCAGUGAGCAGCAUCAGCAGUCCAAGACUGCCUAGGUCUCAUGUUCGAGUCUGUUUGAAUAGCACGAGCGCAGCAUGAGUUGUGUUCUUUAUGGAGUCCAACUGGAACGGCUUUACGAAUGAUGAUUGCACGGGGGAGUGGAGGCGCAAAGUCAAGUUCAGCAUUGUUGUUUUCAGAUUGUAGCGUCGGCAGAAUGUAUAGUCCAUCGGAUGGCGUUGCAUUGCUUGGGUUUGGGUUCGGUAUACAUUGCAUAGGGUAUGGCGUGGGAUAACGUGCGAGUUGAGUUGCUAGACCAAUCAAGACGUAUCUUCAAA